CUAUUUUAAGAAACCAUAACUGAAUGUAUAGGUUCAUCUUAACUUAAGGGUCUUUUGUGUUUCAUUUUACAAAAACCUUAACUAAGACUUAAAGUUAACCUCAACAUAAGUGUGUUUUAUGCAAGCAAUUGUAUUUAAGAAAACCUUAACUAAUACUUAAAGGAAGACUUCUAAAAAAGGCACAUUUUAACUUAAGAAUGUUUUGUGCAACAGAUUUUACUUUAAAAUGUAUAAUCUAAAAUCUUAACUAAGACACAAAGGUUGUGACUUACUGUAAGUGUGUUUCCUGCAAGCAAUUUUAUGUGAAGAAAACCUUAACUAAGACUUGAAGCAAAUCUUAACUUAAGGGUCUUUUGUUUUGCAACUGUUUUAUUUUACCAACAUCUUAAAUGGGACCUUAUGUAAAAUAUUAAUGUAAUGUUUUUGCAACCAAUUGUAUUUUUAAGAAAACCUCAGGUGGGACUUCAGUACAUUUAAUUUAAGAAAUGUUAAAUAGGACUUAAAGGAAAACCUAAGCAAACUUUUAAAGGAAUUCUGUGCAACACUUAAGCCUUAACUAUCAAACUUAAGGGUAUUUUGUGCAACCAGCCUCCAGUAACUACCACUAAACUCCCCUUUCCUUCCUAAACUUGACUUUAAACUUCCUUAAAGUCUUCUCGAAGUUUUACUGCACGCACCUUGAACCACACACACUGAAGUGCAGGGUGCUGUCACCUGAUUGGCCGUUGCUGGGAUACCUGUAGCCAGAUGAGGAAGUGAGAGGGUUUCUCCACCGUGUAGAGUAGAGAAACACUUCCUGUUUUAUAUCACAACAUCUGCAGAGUGACAGACGACAGGUAGAGUAACGCAGGACGAUGGAUGGUGUGAACGAGGUCGGGGAGGUGAUGGUGUCCCGUCUGCAGAUUGAGGAAGAAACUCCUCCGGAUCACAAGUGUCUUGCGCUGUGUGACAGUCUUCACACCUCCAUCCACGACAAAGAAAACAGUCCAAUGAUGAGAGCAGUGUUGUGUUCGCAGGUGUGUAAGGUGUACAGGUUUCAGACGGAGGAUCAAAGAUGGCUGCUGGUGCGGGAACAGAUGUCCGAGACGCCGCUUUCUUUCUCGUUACCCAAAAAGCUUCUGAGCCUGCUCAUACGCAGCCAUACAAGCAGGGUGCAGGAGGUGAUGGAGCUCGGUGACCUUUCACCCCACAUGGACAGGCUACGCUAUGAUGUCAUCUGCCACUGCAACCACCUGAUUGGCUGUUACCAGGAAACACUCGCUGACCUAGACAACAUCUCAGCGUCGUCCAGUUUUAAGUCGAGCUGCAGUAAAUCAGACCGACAGCUUCAGUUUGUUCCCACCAACCUCCACGCUCAGAGGAUGGAGGUCACCGAGCCCGACAGCACAGGAGGUGUUUGGUAUGAAGUGAUCACCUUUGGAGCUCCAGCUGAUCAUCACCAGGGUUUCAAACAUGGAGGAUUGAAGAAGCUGCUCAGCAAACACACACACCUCAGAGACAGCGUUGUGUCUUACUCCCAGGAGGAGAGCUCCAGAGCCAGGGAGCUUCUGGCUAACGUUGCCCAGCUGCAGCCUCUCAUUUUCGGACUCGCUGAGGAGCUGCUCUCCGUCUCUCUGAAGCAAAACAACGCCCGACUGCAGCCGGUGCUCCACAGCCUCACGCAGCAAACGAAGCAGUUUGUCCACGCUUUAAAAGACGAGCUGGUGAAGAGCGCCUUGAUAGCGAGCCACGACCAUAGCAACCUAUGUGAAAACUCAACAGCCAAUCAGGAGGGGGCGUUGACACCGGGGCAACAGGACGCCUGGCAACAGGAGGCAGAUUACGACGAGGAGGAAUGGGACAGGGCGUGGGCGAAUGUCGGCAUGAGCCUCAACUGCAUCAUCGCCAUGGGUGACCGGCUGCUGGGGAAAGAGGAAGUGACAUCAUCAGAGAACCAAGAAUCAGAUCACUCCCAGAACACUGCCUCCUGGCAGGAGCAGCUGCUCCCCCUGGUGGUGACUCUGAGGGACUGCGUGAGGGAGGCGGAGCUUAAGGCUCGCGUCGCCAUGACGUUCGUGAUGAUGCAGGCGGCGGCGGCCAUGACGGUUUCUGAGGGAACGACAAACAUCGUGCAGCGACGCCACGCCGCGUUCAGCCAGGCGCUCUCGGCCUUGGUGUGUGGUUUCGUGUUGCGUUUGUUCUCAGCUCUGCAGGAUCAGGACUUCCUGCAGCAGCUGAUCUCUGCCGGACUCCUGGUGCAGUUUGAAGCUCUGCUCAGCACCUAUGGUGAGGAGGUGGGCAUGCUGGAGGACAUGGAGGUGUGUGUUUCCGAUCUGAGCCGAGUGACGUUCACCAUCAUCGAAGCAAAGAGCGAAGAACCAGAAGAUCUGCUGCCAACACUGAGAGGAGAAUGGGUCAGUCUGGUGGUCGAGGUGCCGUUGCCUCCGGAGACGUUUCGCUCGUUGCCGCAGGAAGUGAGAGACGGACGUUUGAUCCGGGUUCAUCCGGUCCUCUUUAACAUCGGAAUAAACCAGCAGCAGAGUCUGGCUGAGAGGUUUGGGGACAGCUCUCUGCAGGAGAGAGUGAACCAGCAGAGCUGCGAGCGCCUGAGAGUUUACUGCAACACGCUGAGAGACACGCUGCCAGUGACGGCUGGUGUUCAGUCUCUGUCGGACUUGUUGUCGUCUCUUGAACGCUGCGUGGAAUUAAAGAAGAGAAAAAACGUGGAGGUUCUCUGGAUCGCUGCGGCGGUGUGUCGUUCUGUGCGAGGUGUGCGUUUCACCAGCUGUAAAAGUGCGAAGGACCGCACGGCGAUGUCAGUGACUCUGGAGCAGUGUGUGUUACUGAGAGAGAGACACACACUCUGCAACACACACUUCAGCACCGCGCUGCACUGCAUGAGGAGGGCCGGCUGCAGGAUGGAGAACGUUCAGAAGAACAUCGGCAGCAGGAAGUUCGCCUUCAGCGGCGUUCAGCUGCUCACUUUCCCCAAACUGUACCGCCCUCCAGAGGGAAGCUUCGGAUAGAAACUCUGACCGUUACUUUAUUUAUGUACAGAUGCUUUUAUAUAAUAUCAGGAGAUGUUUGUUUUAUCUUGUAAAGUGUGUGUUGUUGUUUUAUAUAUGUGUCCCUCUGUGCAGGUGUGAUUCACAAACAUGUUUCUGCAUUAAAUUAAUACUUGAUUUCA